UCUCUCUCUCUCUCUCUCUCUCUCUCUCCUGCUUUUCUAGUCCCUGUAGAGAUUCAUUCCGCCUCCUACCAAAGCCCAUAAGAAAAGAGCCUAUGAGUUGAACUAUAUAUACACUCAGAGAGAGAGAUUGUAUCAUCAUCUUCUACAGUUCCUAUUUCUUUGCCAACCACCUUCUUCCAUGGCUGCAGAGUCCAACCCAGACUCUUCAUCAAAUCUAAAAAUCAUUGUGCAAAAUAACCCAUCAGAGUCUCAACUAUCUGAAUUGGGUAUCAAGUCUUGGCCCAAAUGGGGAUGCUCUCCGGGGAAGUACCAACUAAAGUUUGAUGCCCAAGAAACGUGUUAUCUACUCAGAGGAAAGGUAAAAGUCUACCCAAAAAACUCUUCGGAGAUAUCUGAGUUCGGCGCCGGCGAUCUGGUGAUAAUUCCAAAGGGACUCAGUUGCACUUGGGAUGUAUCAGUCGCCGUCGAUAAACACUACAAGUUCGACUCAUCUUCUUCGUCCUCCUCUUCAUCAUCAUAAUCUUCUUUAUCAUGAAUUUCAAUUCGCCAUGUUCUUUCUUCUUUGGAUAUUUAUUUGUUAAUUUCCUUUUUCUUUUUUCUUUUUUUUUAUGAUUUUAUGUUCAUAUCGAUUAGUAAAUGUUUCUGGGUGUGGUUGUUUAGGAGGUGGUGAUGAUCUUUUAUUUUAUUAGUGGUCAAAGAUAGAGAAAAUCAUUAGUCAAUGCAUGUCCCACUCAAACUAAAUGUCUCUUUAUGCCUUUAAAUCAGCUGCUUUUUUGACUGGUCAACCUAUCAUG